AUGGACAACUUACCACAGGAGCUAGUCGAUCAUAUCAGCAGCUAUCUCGGUACUGAAGACCUCAAACAGACGCUCAUCGUGUUACCUGCGUUCCAAGUCGCAGCCGAAAAGUACUCAGGCGUUUUCAGUGAUUUCGAGCUGAAUAAAGGGACCGCCCGCCGGUUUGUGAACACGUUUGGGGGCCGGCGCCUUGGCUAUCUCCAGCAUCUCACCUUCAGGAUAGCUAUCCCGGCAUUGGAUGAAAAGGUUGAUUGGGAAGCCCACCCUGAUGGCCAUCCAGUACGCAACUUUGAGGAGGAUUUACGGGAGGCCGAUGAAAGCUUUACGGACCAGAUUAAGUUCUUUUUUUCGAUUGUUAAGGAGAUGGAAGAUAUUGCACGUUCCGAAAAAGCGCAUGGCAAGGUCAAGCUUACACUCUAUACACCGACUCGUUACAUCGAUCGAGAGAAUUAUUCCAUCCAACGAGCCUACGUUAGCUGGAGAGCUCAUCUCCUUGAACCUGAGUCUCUGCCUAAUCCCACAUCGGUAUAUGCGCUCCGUAUUGAGAAUGGCAUGAAAGUCUCCUUUGAUAUUGAAUACGGCCCCGAGUCCCUUCGAAAAAUUGAUUUGCGCAUGAUGGUUGAUCUGUCCAAUAAAUUUCCCAACCUUGCAGCUUUGCAUUGCAGUAUUGGCGGUGACGAAUGGCUGGAUUGCAACGAGGACUAUCGGCAGCGAUCUAUCACGAAGGACUGGGCUGCCCCCCGGCGAGACUCACGCCAUGACUUUGCUCGGAUCCUCGAUGUUGCACAUGAACUGUCUAUGCAGUCUUAG